AUGCCUUUCUACACGGCAACGAAGAAGACUUUCGAGCUUGGGGGACGGGAGUUUCCCCGUGUGACAUGGUACAAGGACCCCGGCAUGAGAAGUCUGUACGUCGCUUUGAUGUUUGCAGUCCUCACCUCUGCAACAAAUGGAUAUGAUGGAUCUAUGAUGAAUGGUCUCCAGGCCUUGGAUGAGUGGAAGAAGUGUGCCAAAGCAUUCCAUAACCCAGAUGCUGCUACCAGGGGUCUUUUAAACGCUAUUAUGUCUGUCGGAUCGAUUGUCGCCCUGCCCGUCACUCCCUACAUAGCCGAUGGCUUAGGCAGACGUGUUGGUGUCAUUACAGGCUGUGUCAUCAUGGUUAUUGGCGUGGUUCUACAAUCCAUUGGAGUCAAUAUUCAAAUGUUUAUUGCCGCCCGUUUCCUCAUCGGAUUCGGUAUUGCGAUUGCCCAUGGUUCAGCACCACUGCUGAUUGCAGAGCUUGUUCACCCCCAACAUCGUGCUAUCUUCACAACCAUCUACAACAGCACCUGGUACUUUGGUAGCAUUGUUGCUGCAUGGCUCACUUAUGGUACCUUUACGAUCAAAAACGCGUGGUCUUGGAGAAUCCCAUCAAUCGUUCAAGCACUUCCUUCGGUUAUUCAACUCAUUGCCAUCUGGCUUGUUCCCGAAUCCCCUCGUUAUCUCGUUGCCAAGGGAAAAACAGAUAGAGCGCUUCACACCCUGGCCAAGUGCCAUGCCAACGGAAAUAUCGAAGAUGAACUAGUCCAAAUCGAGUUUCGAGAAAUUCACGAUACCAUUAAACUCGAGCAAGAGUUUGAGAGCAAUGGAUGGUUUGAUCUCUUCAAGACUGUUGGAAAUCGACGCCGUCUUCUCAUCCUGUUCACUCUCGGUUUCUUCUCACAAUGGUCCGGCAACGGACUCGUCUCUUACUACAUGAGCGAUGUCCUUGGAAAGGCUGGUGUUAGUAACAAGAAGACACAGUUGGAGAUAAACGGUAUUCUUAAUAUUAUCAACUUCCUUACAGCCGUUACCAUGUGUUUCUUCAUCGAUAAAUUGGGACGUCGCCCCUUGUUCUUGUUCGCUACUGGGGGAAUGUUCGCCACUUUCUGUGUCUGGACCAUCUGUGCAGCUCAAUUUACUCUUCAUGGAAACCCAGCCGCCGGGUAUGCCGAGAUCGUGUUCAUCUUCAUCUUCUACGUCUUCUACAACUCGGCCUGGUCUGGACUUUUGGUUGGAUAUGCUGUUGAAAUUCUGCCGUACAGACUUCGUGCCAAGGGCCUUACUCUCAUGUUCUUGGCCAUCGAUCUUGCGCUGUUCUUCAACUCUUACGUCAACCCUGUUGCCCUCGACGCUCUCAACUGGAAAUACUACAUCGUCUAUGACGUCUGGCUCUUUGUUGAGCUUCUCACCGUCUACUUCUUCUAUAUCGAGACUCGAAACACCCCUCUCGAGGAAAUCGUCAAGUUCUUUGAUGGCGAGGCUGCUAUUCUCGGAGGCGAUCUAGCGACUGAAAAAUCGAAACAUUAUCUGGUGGAAAAACUUGGGAAUGAUGCUAAAAUUCUGCCUUCCGUUUCCCAUCGAGACGUGGAAUCUUCUAGUCAUGAGGGUGUGACCAAGGAGGGUUAG